GCUGAAAAUCACUUGUAAUUGUAUCGAAUUUUGUGAGCUGAGAAGUACUAACUUGCAAUGGUAAGAUAAGGCACAUUUUUGUCACUAAUCCAAGCGCUCGGCAGACUGAACAACCUUUCGACCGACAUCCACGAUCACCAGAAUUAAUGAUGGCACAAAACUACUCCACCGAGAAUGCCAUGCGAGCCCCUAAAGGCUGGACGAACAACGUCUUUUCCCUCGAGAAAGUUAAAAACAUGCUUGCCAAUGGAACUGGGAAGCCUGAAGCCAGUAUUAAGGACAUUCUGGAAGAAAUACAAGGAGAUCAAUAUGUGUUUUCCUCUGAGGGAGAUUUUUACUUUUGGAACUGUGCGAGCGAAAGGGGAGCUGUUGUGCUUGAGCCAAAGGAGAAAGACAGGUUGUGGAAGCAGAUGGAAGCAGAUAUCAUGAAAAUACGUAUGAGACAGCUCUGACUUACUUGACAACUCUACACUGUAUGUCAUGUAUGCCUGUGUUAUAUGCUGCAACCGUGAGAACACUGUAGUGCUCUGGAGUUAAUCACCUU